GCAUGAUUUCGAUUCGACCGCGACUCGCAAGCGAAGACGAAACGCGCACCUUCGCUGAGCAAAAUAUUGCAGAAAAAUUUCCUGUUUGAUUGAUAUUCUAGUCAAAGUGAAGUUAUUGUGUUGGAAAAUUUGUGAACAAGUUGGUCAAAAGUUUGACCGGGAACUAUGGAGGAAUAUGAGGAUGAUAUUCCAAUCGAUCCGAAUGUAGCCUUAUCGAUGGAGGUGAUCGAAGAACAAGAAGAGAUUGAAUACACUACUGAACCGAUCGAAGCAAAUGAUCCCGGAAUGCCAAAAUUCACAAACGAAUUCGUCAUCAAUAAGCUCUUGUACCGACAUCAACAGUCCGAGGCUGCUCUGGAGUUUUCCGUCAUCCAUUCCAAUUCACUGGAGGAAUUCAUUGACGAAGUUUAUCAACUUAUUCAACCGUUCAUAAAACGAGAGAUUGAGUUUCACGAAAAUAAUCAACCGUGUUGGGCUGAGCGUGAGUUUCCAGCGAAGGAAGAUCUGCAUCGGUAUGUCGCAUUCAAAGACAGAGUCCGCAAAAAAACGUAUCGAAUAGAUAGCAUUACCGAAUCUAUGCUUGGCCGAUGGCACAAGCGAGACAUCAUUCUCAUAGUGUAUCUUCAUUCGAACAAUUUGGACACACGUGCUUCGUGGGACAUCGCCCGGGAAGCAUUACUCGGCGAUGCGAAUGCGGAAGGCACCAGAAAAGUCGUGAAAGUACUGACUGAUGAUGAGAAAUUACAAUUAACCAUAAAAAAACUACAAAGAAUUCAUCAAUGUAAAUUGACACCAACUACGAAAGAUUCGUACACGCUGUGGGCUCGUAUGAUAAUGCAACAGUCUUCAAAGAAGCAAAGGGAUCGCUAUUUCAUGAAGCCUCCGAGGCAGAUAUUAGCGAAUUUUGAAGUCAUAGGAAAGCAAGCCGAGCGGAAAAAACGAACUAUUGUGUCGGGGCCAGCCCAACGAGGCCACUCCAGAGACGGGUACGGGUUCGAGGAUGAGGUUUCCGCACUGCGGCAAACUGUGAUCCAGAUUAAGGACCUGGUCGAAAUGCUGGAUAGGAGGGUCGAACUAUUGGAGGAAAAAUGUCAAGGUUUCAAGCAAACUCCCGAGGGAGUGCCAUUCAAGCGCGGAAGGUACGACGGUGAAAGUGAAAAUGACGACCACGAGGCGGACGAAGAAACAACGAUCGAUGCUGCCCAGCUAGUACAAGUCGAUUGCGAGCAGGGAAACACAGUGGGGAAUCCCGAUCCUUUGUUUGAAAUGCAGUUCAUAAAAGAUGAGAUAGUUGAUUGUGAUACGGAUGAUUGAAUUUUUGUGCCGAUUUGUCGAUAAAAGCUAUUAUGCCAAGCAAA